UAAGGUCAUCAUUUGGAGCCUCGCGGCGGCUUCGUGUCCCACCUGAGCUCGUGUCAUUCCGGAUUUAAAAAAAAAAAAAAUACAAGCAGACGCAUCCGUCUUGUUUCAUCACCUGCUCGCGCGCACGGCGGCCGAUUUUUACCGCAGUGCAUCCGCAGCAUCCCGCGCUGCCGCUGUGGCGUCAGAGACUAAAGCCUCCGAUCCGAGAGGAGAAGCCCUCCGAGCGGCUUCCUGCCUGCCUUCCUGCCCGGCCUGCCUGCCUUCCUGCCCGGCCUGCCUGCGAUGCCCGCGCGGCGGAGCUUCCAGCAGCAGGGGGUCAUCAGAUAGGAGCGCGCGCCUUCAGCUGCCAUCGGAGGGAGGGACACCGUGUCUGGGCUUCUCUUCUUCCAGAGCUGCAGGCCUUUAAGCACAGCUGCGGGUUUUUUCCUGAUCGUUCCCACCAGAGCAGCCUGCGGUCUGAGUUCUGUAUUUAACCCGGUAGCAUCACACUGGUAGCCAUCAAAGAGCUUUAUCUGAUCCGUUUAUGCAUUAGCAUGUGAGUGUUGCAGAGUAAUCAGUAGCUGUUGCAUGUUGCACAUUUAAAGAUCCAUCUCUUUGGCUCUAAUGACCCUCUGAGACCUCAGGGACAACACAGCUCAGGGUGUGGAUGUGGAGGACACUGUGAGGCUGCAGAUAUCAGGAGAGAUCCGCUUGGAAGGAAGAGUCCUCAGGCUGGACUGCAGACCCAGAGCUGAGCCCUAAGCAGCAAUAAUCUUAGGUAAAGGCACAGGAACCAACAGGAAGCCAAAGAUCAUCAGAUCCCCUGAGGGCCAGGAACCAGUUUGCACUUCACUUCACUUUGCAUGUUCAGCAGCUGAAGGAGCUGCAAAUCUUUCUGCCUGCACCUCAUUUAUAAUCUACAGACAAGCUUUUUAAAUCCAGUCCUACAGCAGUCAGCAGAUCCAGGUUAGAAGUGCUGAGUUAGUGACAGCAUGGCCCCUGUAGCCCCCCUGCUGCUCAUCUCUCUGCUCUGCGGCCUGUUUGUGGACCGCGGUGAAGGCGCCUGUGCAGAGGUGGACUCCGACACGGAGGCGGUGGCGGGCAGAGGUUUCAAACUGGGCUGCAUUUCCUGCAAAAAGAGAAGCGAGGUGCAGGCAUCCGCCACCGUGGAGUGGUUCUUCAGUCCGACUGGGGAAUCUGACUUUAAACCGAUCUACACCUACAAUGAGAACGGCCCCUCUAUCGAGCACGAUCAGUUCAUGGACCGCAUCGACUGGAAUGGCAGCAAGAGAAGCAACGACAUCCAGGAUGCUUCCAUCUACCUGUUCAACGUCACCUUCAACGACUCGGGCACCUACCAGUGCUUCCUGUACCGCACCCUCAUCUAUACCAACAACGAGUACCAAGACGAAAUCAGCAAGGUGGUGCACCUGACCGUGGUGGCCAAAGCCAACAGAACCACAGCUUCCAUCGUGUCGGAGGUCAUGAUGUACGUGUCCAUCAUCGGGCUGCAGGUCUGGCUCCUUAUAGAGAUGAUUUACUGCUACAGAAAGAUCGCUGCGGCCGGGGAGGAGGCCCUACGAGAGGCGGCGAAUGCAGAGUAUUUAGCGAUCGCCUCGGAGAGUAAAGAUAACUGUGCAGGAGUGCAGGUUGGAGAAUAGCACAGGCUUCCUCCCUGGACUGACAUCUUCGCUUCCAGAGCUGAACUGCAUGUCAACAUCUCGUGUCCAUCUCCAGCACCUGGACCCGACCUACACAGACAGCAUAGAACCAGCACUGUACAUAGCCUUGUGCUUGUUGAAGCAUGUCGUGCACUCGUUAUAGAAGCCAUUAUGCAUUAUCGUAUACAGGUCCGUGUGUUAUUCCCAGUCACAGAGCUUUUUGCUGACCCGUCAGCUGGGGGAUGAAUGAGACCCACCUCAGGCACGUUCCAUACGGAUCCUCACCGAUUUAUAAACUGUCCUUCCACUCUAACUCGUGGUUCUACACUCGGAUGUAAUUAAACGUGGUAUUUAGAACCUCA